AUUGAACUAGGCAAUAUCUGUUAUGGCAAAAACCGGAUUUGCUGAGCUGAUAGAUUUCAACCCUAUUCGCGCAACCGAUGUACAACUGCCAGCUGGCGGAACUUUUGUGAUUGCUCAUUCAUUGGCUGAAUCACAGAAAGCAGUAACUGCUGCGACAAACUACAAUAAUCGGGUUGUUGAAUGUCGUUUAGCAUCUAUUGUACUUGGCAUAAAACUUGGAAUGGAACCUGAAGAGGCAAUAUCAAAAGUGAAAACCCUUUCUGAUGUAGAAGGUUUGUGUGUAUCCUUUGCUGGGGCCCACGGGUCUUCCGACCCUACCCUUGCUGUUAAGGAGUAUCUGAAAGAGGAGCCUUAUACAGCUGAAGAAAUUGAGAAAAUCACUGGUAAAAGCCUGGAUUUGAUUUUCGUUGACUCGGCUUCUUCACUGGAUGUGAUAAAAGCUGCCAAGCAUUACAAGUUAUUCCAGAGAGCCUCGCAUGUGUACUCGGAAGCGAAACGUGUAUAUGCUUUCAAGGAUGCGGUGUCAUCAAAUUCUGAUGAAGAGGAGAAGUUGAAGAAGCUUGGUGACCUUAUGAAUGACAGCCACCAUAGUUGCAGUGUUCUAUUUGAGUGCAGUUGUCCAGAGCUUGAAGAAUUGGUGGAAGUGUGCAAAGGUAAUGGGGCGCUUGGAGCAAGGCUUACAGGCGCCGGAUGGGGCGGAUGUGCUGUUGCUUUGGUAAAAGAAAACAUCGUUCCACAGUUCAUUCUAAAUUUAAAGGAGCAAUUCUAUCAAUCUAGAAUCGACAACGGGACAAUCAAGAAAAGCGAUCUUGGUCUGUACGUGUUUGCAUCCAAGCCUUCAAGUGGGGCCGCCAUUUUCAGAUUUUAGUUUCUUUUGCCCUUUAAUGCUUUAUUUGUGAAAUAAUUAUAUGAUUUUGCUUUUUUAUUUUAUUUUUAUUUCAUUUAUAAAUUACAGUCAACGAUUAAGUUGUUUUCCCC